AUGACGCGGGCCCCGCAUCUCCACGACAGCAGCAGCAGCAGCAGCAACAGCAGCAGCAGCAGCAGCAACAGCAGCAACAGCAGCAGCAGCACGGCAGGGAACAGCAGCAGCAGCAGCAGCAGCAACAGCAGGCCAGCUAUAGGGGGCAUGAGGCGCAGCACCAGGGGCUCUAAGGGUAGACUAUCACCCUCAUCAUCAGCAGCAGCAGCACCAACAGCAGCAGCAGCAGCAGCAGCAUCAGCAGCAGCAGCAGCUCCGCCCGUCUCCCUUUCAGGGGGCCCCCGGGGCCGCCGCCGUGGUUGCUGGGCUUCUGCUGGGGGGGCCCCCGAGGGGCCCCCAGGGGCCCCCAUGGAGUGCUGUGAAGAAGGGGUAGCUGGUGGCAGCAUUUCGCGUGUAUCUGUCUCUGCUGCUGCUACUCCUGCUGCUGCAGCAGCAGCAGCUGCUCCUGCAGCAGCAGCAGCAGCAGCAGCAGCUCCUGCUUGCUGCGGGGGCUCGCAGCGACCCCUAAAAAGGGUUAAGAGAGAAGCAAGACACAGGGUACUGAACCCUGCAGCCUUUGUCAGGCAGAUGAGGCUCAUCAACUCUGAGUUCCAAGAAGGCAGAGAACUUGACGUGGAGGAGAUAUGGAGGUUUCUGAUUGAGCAGAUCUUCGCCGAGCUGCAGCCCCACCAAAGACAGGCCUACAGCAGCAGCAGCAGCAGCAGCAGCAGCAGCAGCAAGCCAGCAGCAGCAGCAGCAGCAGCAGCAGCAGCUUGUGUUGGCAGCAGCCUGCUGCCUUCUUUGUCUGUGUCUGCUAGUGCUGCACCCGUGAAGGGGGGAGACAGAAGGUCUCCGUUUGGUACCCUCAUUGAGGGGGGCCCCCCCUAUGCUGGAAGCAGCAGCAACGCGCCGGCGUGCUGCGAAGCGCAGCAGAAGAAGCAGCAGCAGCAGCAACAGCAGCAGCAGCAGCAGCAGCAGCAGAAGGGGCCCCACAUGGAAGGGUACCGAAGGUGA